CGUGUAGUUUGGCAACAUCGAAAUGGCAGAUAUCGGAACGUGGAUAGAUUACCCUCAGAUAAAGUUUGAUUGAUCUCGCUCGAACGUUCGGCCAAUAAAGUAACAAAAAUACUAAAGAAAAAGAGAAGAAGAUUACAAAGUACCUAAAGUCGGAAGAAAAUUUUCAAAUCGUGUACAUUUUUGCAGGGUCGUAGCAGUCAGCGAAGCGUUAAUAGUUUGGUAUUCGCAGUUGAAUAAACGAUUCGACCACCUGAACGUGAGUCAGCUGCGGUUUCAAGCGUGCGUUUUUCGAUAACUUGGUGGUAUUUUAACAAAAUUACGUAGCGCUGUUUUUAUUCAACAAAUAUGAACGUUGGUGCGUCGAUGUUUCUCAUUUUGAACGCAAAAAUAUGGAACGUGUAACCUAACCAUUGGAUGUUCGUUGUCGUCUCGUCAUCAUGAAGACGACGUGAAAAAUUAACCUAAACCAUCCGAAACAAUGGCCGAAAACGAAAAUACGAGUAAAAACUGCACUAUGAAUUCGCUAUCCACAUCGACGCACAGCAGCAACAACAGCAAUGCAAGCGAAGAGAUCACAUUACAUAUUAAAGACGACGGUGGAAACGGCGAACACCCUCAAGCAUCUAUUUCGACGACCAUCUUCCACAUGCUGGCUCUUUCGAUCGGACCAACCGUAUUCAUAAUUCCGAGCGCUUUUAAUAUGGUAGGCUACAUACCGGCUACCAUUGGUAUUAUACUUAUCAGCUUAUUUUACUUUUAUAAUGUUCAAAUACUAUUAGACUCAUCGACCAUCUUGUGUAGAAAGAACAAAAAAGACACCAUAACGUACGCCGAAAUAGUCAGAUAUGCUUUUCAAUACGGCCCUCCUAGAAUACGUUCGCUGACGGUGUACACUUACACGUUGAUGAAUAUUUUAUUCGUCGUUAGUUGGGCCGGAGAGCUCUCUUUUAGCGUCGUAUUCGUAUGUAAAAACAUAAAAUUCAUCUCAGAUUGGUACCUCGAAAGCGACACUGAUUUGAGGAUAAUCGUCAUAAUACUUAUCCUACCCUGCACGUUGAUCACGCUAAGUUCGAAUUUGAAACUGACCAUUUUGAGUUUGCUAGCGACCAUAAUCGACGUACUAUUUAUCGCCUACGUCAUCUGGACUUCUUGCACUGAUCACCGAUUGAAAAACGUCAAUUUUCGGGCUCUCAACGCUGUGUACAACAUACCAGAUUUCCUAGCCAUAAUAUUCUUCACGUUGAACUUCACCGGCAUAGCUUUACCAUUGAAGUACGACAUGAAAAAUCCCGAGAAAUUCGACUCGAAGUUUGGAGCUUUUAACGCCGCCAUGAUCAUCAUAACCGCAAUCAAUAUAGUAUUCGGUUUCUUCGGUUACACCACGUAUGGAAGUAAAAUCAAAGAUACGAUGACGCUGAAUCUACCCCAUGGACCAGUUACUCACGCCAUGAUAGUGGUUUACUGCAUCGCCAUAUUAUUAACCUACCCAGUAUGUUAUUUCGUUAUAUUCAACAUCGUCUGGAACGAAUGGGUCAAGAACAAAAUACGUAUGAAUGUGAUCACCACGCGUAUCGUCAUCAACUUGGUACUAUUCUCCGUUAUCAUUAUUUUACCCAAAUUGAGUCUUUUUACCGAAAUAUGCGGACUAGUGUGCGCAGUCUUUGAUAGCGUCAUGAUACCAUCCGUCGUCCAUAUUCUCAUGUCGUGGGAGAAUGAAAAAAAAUUCAGGAUCAUUCUCAUCAAAAGCACGCUGAUUUUCGCGUUCGGAAUUUUAUUAUUUAUCUGCGGUAUGUAUCAAAGCCUUAAUGAUAUUGUGGAAGGAGAUCAAGGGAGUUAAUGUGAUACGGAUACCCAGUCUGAAGCUCAAAAGCUCGUCUAAGCUCGAAUGUAAAUUUUAUUCUCUUCGUCUUAAUAUAAUUUUUUAGAAGAUAAAUGUAAAUAAAAAUAUUUAUGAUGAACGCUUUCGUGGCUUUCAAAAAAUAUGUUUUUUAUUU